CCGCUACUAACGGCCCUGGAGCGCGUCGCGAACCCAGAGCUGAUGGCGUUGAUUCGCUCGGCUGAAGCUGUUGUCCUUCCGCGAACGUUCACGGAGCUGACGAUCCAAUAGACCCCGCUCAGUUAUUCAGCCACAACAAACGAUGAUGCGUACUGAACGGUCCUGUCUGCUGUCUUGCACACUGCUGGUCGUAGUAAAAAAUCCCUUGCAUUGGGUUGCUGAGCGGAGCAAGAGUGAUCAAUAACGCGUGACGUUGUUCAUCGCUCACUGCUGGUCAGGGCGCUGGGAUUUGAGCUUCAGCAAUUGUUCCGCGGCAAGUCUACGCGGGCUUGUACCAAAUGUACCCCUCACCAAGACGUCGCUUAGGUGUCCAUGAUAUGUAAGCAAACAUCUUGAGUAUGAGACAACUUUGAAUUAUCGAUACAUUGGGCAGCUGUUCACAUUUAUUCAUUCACCUCCACCAAGAUGGCUGACGACAACAAGCCCCGAGCUUUCAAUCCCUCUGGAGUUCACGAACCACCGCCAUCGUACAAGCAUGCCUGCAUUACGCCAAUCCUUCCAACUUCCAAAUUCAUAACUCUCGCUGGACAGACAGGCGACUACAAAGCCCCGUGGAUCGAGCAAGUCAAGGGAGCAUACGAACAUGUGCGAAUCUGUCUGGAAGCAGCUGGCGCUACUCCGCGCGACAUCGUCCAUGUACGCCACUACAUAGUAAACGACUCUGGCAACACCGAAUUGAACCAAAAAGAUAUCGUUGAACGAGGAUGGGCACCACUCUGGAUUGAUUUCAUGGAUCAACAUGGGGAUGGUCACAAGCCACCUGACACUGUGUUGGGGGUUGCGAGCUUGGCUCUGAAGGGCUUACUGUACGAAGUAGAGGUCUGGGCAAUCGUACAUGGAUGAUGUGUAGGGUCGAAACGAUCUGUAUAGCUUAUUGGUAUCAUUUGAA